UCAAGGAUCGACAUCUAUCCUACACGAUAGCGAAUCGCCUAUAAACGUGGGACACUGCACCGAUCCUGGAUGUUACACCAGGCCCGUGAACUACAACGCAAGCAUAAAACAAAUGACGGCAUUGGCUCAACUCUCAAAUGAAUGUCAUCAGUCUAUUAAAUAUGACUGCAAUUUUGCCCCCUUCGAACUAAACGAGGUCGCCUUUGGUUGGUGGAAUGACAAGGACGGAAAUUCCAAAUAUUUCUGGUCGGGUGGCAACACCGACACUCACACCUGUCAAUGCGGAAUUGAUGCAAAUUGCGUUGAAACUUACAUCAAAUGUAACUGUGACGCUGCUGCACCAGUACAACUAUCCGAUGACGGCGUCAUCACUGACAAGAGCAUUUUACCUAUCACGCGGCUGAAUUUCGGACGAACGCAGCUGGACACUUCAUCCGGUGUACACACCCUGGGUCGAUUCGAAUGCACGGGUCAAGUGGUCGUUAACGGUAUGCCAACAUCGUGCGAGGAUCUGUGGAGGAUCGGACACACCAUGAGCGGAUUGUAUUCCGUGAUGGGAGCUGAAAUGGUCGAAAGUGUCUACUGCGACUUUAAUAAACUUCCUAGCGAUACCGGUUUCGAAAAGUGGAUUGGAUUUGCAGACGUCAAAUCAUCCCCGGCGUAUUUUUAUGCUCAGAGAAACUCAAGUUUCAAUCAAACAAACCUUCCAAUUCCUUUCGAUAUAGCAAAAGUCAAUAUCGGAGGUGCCUUGGAUUUGCAAACGGGAAUAUUUACGGCAGCUCGAUCGGGCACAUACUUUUUCUCCGUAUCGGGAUUGGCAAAUAUUCCAGCUUCUUCAUCUGGAAUGAAUUUCUGGAUAGGUCUAUAUUUGAACGGUAAUCGAAUCGGAACAAGUUAUUCCGUUGAGAUCAGCACAGCAAGUCAGCUCAAACCGUAUUCUCUGCAAUCAACACUUAAUUUGGAAGCGGGAGAUCAAGUUUGGGUACAGAUCUGGAAAACUGGAGAUCCAACAGGAGUCUAUCUAUAUGACGAUAUUAAUCAUUACACACACUUUAAUGGCUGGCUCCUACAGGAAAAUAUUUCAAAUUCGUUGAAUGCUAUGCAAACGAUGCGACACGAUUUAUUUUAACAUGCCGGUAUUAAGGAUCUUAAUCCCGACUUAGACAGGCCUAUCCCAACUUUCUAAUUUCUAGAUUUCUCCGUGAAAACAAUUAAAAAUUAAAAACCUGUGAAAGAAAAUAAAUAAGUU